GGCGUAUUCAGUGUUGUUGUGCGGCGCUGAGAGAAACCACAGACGGGAUUAUGAUUGACUAUAAUGGAGAAACAUGGGAAGAACACGGACUGAGAUCACUGAGUACACGUACGGAGAUUUGGACUGGACGUAAAGACGCCGCAGCCUUUUAAUCACAGUGUUUUCUAGAGAGUUACCGGAAUCUUUGUCAUCCCGGACUGAAGAAAGACAAGGGGGCCCGAAAUCACACGGACGUUGAAGUUGCGCUAGCUGUAAAUACGAAAAGCCUUUUUUUUUCUCCAGUGGGAAUCGACUUUUAAAGGUCUGAAAAUUACCUGUUUGCACACACUUUUGGAAGACCAUUAAAGUUACCCUGCAAAACAAGGACUUUGUGCUGGUGCACCGCCAUUCAGCAAGUUGAUGGGAUAACAAACAUUGCCUUUGUUUUGGUCAAAUGGGAGAGACGAUGGGCAGCCAGGGCAGCCCAGUGAAAAGCUACGACUACUUGCUCAAGUUCCUCCUGGUCGGAGACAGCGAUGUGGGCAAAGGAGAGAUCCUGGACAGCCUGCAGGAUGGAUCAGCCGAGUCCCCAUACGCUUACAGUAGUGGUAUCGACUAUAAAACCACCACCAUCCUUCUGGACGGGAGGAGAGUAAAGCUGGAGCUUUGGGACACAUCAGGACAGGGGAGGUUCUGCACCAUCUUUCGCUCAUAUUCCCGUGGGGCUCAGGGGAUCCUGCUGGUGUAUGACAUCACUAACCGGUGGUCAUUUGAUGGAAUCGACAGGUGGAUCAGAGAGAUUGAUGAGCAUGCUCCAGGCGUACCUCGAAUACUCGUCGGUAACCGCCUGCAUCUGGCCUUCAAACGGCAAGUUCCCACUGAACAGGCGAGGGCGUACGCAGAGAAGAACGGCAUGACCUUCUUCGAGGUGAGCCCUCUGUGCAACUUCAACGUCAUCGAGUCCUUCACCGAGCUGUCGCGCAUCGUCCUGAUGAGGCACGGCAUGGAGAAGUUCUGGAAGCCCAACAGAGUGUUCACUCUCCAGGACCUCUGCUGCAGAGCCAUCGUGUCGUGCACGCCGGUCCACCUCAUCGACAAGCUCCCGCUGCCCGUCGCCAUCAAGUCCCACCUCAAGUCCUUCUCCAUGGCCAAUGGCAUGAACGCCGUCAUGAUGCACGGACGCUCUUACUCGCUGGCCAACCCGGGCGGCGGCUCCAAAGGCAACAGCUUGAAGCGCUCAAAGUCCAUCCGUCCGCCGCAGAGCCCGCCGCAGAACUGCACCCGCAACAACUGUAAAAUCUCCUAAUAAACGGCGUCCCCGAGGGGUCCGUAGGAGACGACGAAUGAUCGACAGCAUGGGAUCAGGAGACGCAUGUACAGGAUGUUGUUAGUUGGAGGAAAAUUGCACAUCCCUGAACCUGAAGAGCCGAAGAGCAGGAAUGACGGAUAAAGGGAUGAGCGAGUGCUUCUACAUGAGGUCAUGUUAGAGAAUAUGAGCUCGAAUGGUGCCUCGACAAGUCGUCGGAGAACGGCGACAGACAUUUUGGUCUCCACAGACCUGAUUCUCACUACUCCCAACUGCUAGAAAGAGAGAACGAGACUCCAGAUUCACUCUGCUGGAGUGUAACUACAUGUACAGAAGUCCCUCACCAACUCAAACAACCAUAUUUAGUUACUCUACAAAACGCACGCCACUCAAUGUGCAUCACAAAAAUCACCUCACGAUCAAUUCUUCGCUUGUAUGUCUUUCUUCUGUCUGACACCUUUUUCUGUCCACAUCUCGGCUUAUUUGAUAUUUGAAAUGACCAAUAAGCUAAUGAUCAAGACACUAGUAACCAGUCAGUCCUUUUAUUGAUCGUUGUUUAUCCUCAGCUGGAUGUGUUUCAACACUCAUUGGAAGUUCAGAUGUUUUAGUUCAUCCACAGGCAACACUUGAUGAAUGAAGGUUCCCAUCUGGUGUUGCAGUGGAGGUCUGACCGCGCCCUAAAAUCCAGAAAGACGCGACCUGAACCAGAUCUCAGGUCUAGACUUGCUAGUGUGCCUUGAGUCCAAGUCCGUUCUAAGUUUUCCGUUUCUUGGUUUAGUAUAAACGAAGCGUAAGCAACAAAAAUACACAUGCUGCAUUUUUAAUGUUCACCUGCAACAAACUGGCUAAAAGCACGAAAAAUUUAGAUAUUAUAAUUCUGUGGUUUACGCUGCCUCCUCAAUGACGAGGGACGCUCUAUAAGAAGCUUUUAACUUGAUGCAAAGUCCAGACAUUUUUCAACAAGGCGAAACGAACAGAAGACAUAAAACAGAGUGAGCAGUGGAUAAGGCUGGAGAUAUUCUGUAGUUUUCAUAUUGAUGUUUUGGUUUUUUUUACCUAUAAAGCUGAAGAUACACGGAGCAACUUUUAGAGCAAUGUUGCUGUCAAUGGUAAUGAGUAAAGAUUACUACCGUAAUCCCCUUCUCCCGCCACUCCGCAACCCUCCCCGCACCGCAGCUAUCCGUUCAAAACAUAAUCGGACUUGCCACCAGCAAGAUUGCCCAGCAACAUUGCUCAAAAAGUUGCCACGUGUAUCAUCAGCUUUAAGAGCUUCUGGGAGUCUGGAGAUGAGAAGGAAAGCUUCACCUUUGCGUCACGCAGGUUUUCGUCACACCCUCCUGUUUAGGGACUCUUCUCUUCACGUUCUCAGAUUUCACGCCUCACGUGUCAUGUCACACCUGCUACAUGCAGCAGGAACACGCACACGCCACCGCCAGUCCUGGCUACUUUAAUACAACACACACAGUUCACUCAACUCUGUCUGCUCCCGCACAGUGAUACUCCACUCAAAUUCUGUUUUAAGUUUCUACUACUGAUCCGAAUAAUCCCUGAUUCACCGAAAUAUGUAUAAAUAAUAACUCCGUAGUAGGAGUGUUUUUGCUGAAAGAGUGUUUUGAACAUACUGAACUGGACUAAUCGGUCAGUUCAAAGAAAAGUAAUAGUUUUUCUAAUCGUUUAAGUCAUUAUUUCAAAGCGAAAUGCUGAAGACUUGCUGUUUCUAGCUUCUCCAGUUUGAGGAUUUGCUGCUUUUCUAUUUUUAUAGUAUUUUAAACUAAAUAUCUUUUGAGUUUCAGACAGUUUGUUGGAACAAAAAAACAAGACGAUGUUAUUUUACCCUCUUUUCUGACAUAUUUUUUAGACUAAGUGGUUAAUAAAAUAACAAAAAAUUGACAGAUUAUUUUAUAAUAAAGCUAAUUAAUAAUGUAGCCCCAAAUAUUUAAAAUACAGUCCGUAGAGAAGUUUCCGGAAUCUGGAAAAGGGAAAUAGCAGCCACAGCUGUUAUUGUCCAUGAAGAACAAAACCACAAACCUUUUAAGCCUACAGAGUGUUUGAUACUGAAAACAAUUUUGGGUGGAAUAUCACUUUAACUGUCCUGUGCCACAUUUUAAACCAAGUAAACACGCAGUUGCCACACCUGUUGCAUUACCCAAGCCUCAGUUUCUCUGUACUAUGUAGAGUCCAUCCCUCCCAUCCGUGGUAUGCACUAAUGUGUCCUCCAUACGUUCGUUUCAGCGCUGGAUGUGGAGCGUGAGGUGAAGGGAAGAGCAAAUAUUUGAGGCUGUCAUGAAAAGCGUAGCUCCUGGCGAUGAUGGUGAAAGCGUCAGUGGAAAGGUCUUGACGGGCGUGAACAGAAAACCGGUCAGAGUAGCUGGACGGGAUCAGGUAACGCGGAGGCAGGAGCUGUCAGGUAAAGUGGAACAUUUCACGUGUUGACGGUAAACAGUGAGCAGUGUCUUUCUCUGAAUGUCGCACUCUACCCUUGAGGGAUCAAACUGGCGGGUUUUGCACGUCAAUAAGUGAAGCAUGAUAGUGAUAUUUUAUCCAUUUUGUUUUUUGGAGCUGAAACUGUUUCUAAUGGAUCGACAGAAGUAUUUUAACUUUCAGUGAUUUGUUCAAGUGAGUUUUCAAGCAAAAAUACUAAACAUCGGCUGUUUUAUUAUUAUAAAUUGUAAAGAUUUGCAGCUUGGUUUGUUGAUCAGACAAAACUGGCAUAUAUCAGGCUUUGGAGAGACAGUUGUAGUAAUUUAGGACUUUCCGUGAGAUUUGUCACCUCAAGAUAAAUAUAAGCUGUGAUUAACAAUGUUUAAAAUAUCAGCCGUCACCUGUUCUCACUCUGUGCUGCAUUCAAGUCCAGUGGGAAAGACAGAAACAGGUGGGCGAGUUGGUAAUAUUAGUCAACAACAUGACGCCUGUGGCUGGUGGUUCGUGUGUGAAAAGGUGAUCUGACUGAACCAAGGUCGAACACGUGAACUCUUCCGAUUCGCUGCUUUUUAAACGACUCUGACUGGAUCUCCCGCAGGGAUUAAUGCAUCUCGUCGUCUCCUUCUCUCUCUCUCUCCCUCUGUUCUGCGCCGCCGCUGCCGCCUCCGCAUGCUGUCCCAUGAUUCAUAGCUGCUGAAUAAUAGAUGCUCUUUUUGUAAAUCUCUGGAGGGCUUCAUCAUCAGCACGCCCCUGCUCCGUCUCCACCUCGCCGCUCUUUCCUCCUCCUGUCUUCUACACUGGUUUAUUUCUUCGUCUUCACCAGUGGUCCUGCUUUCUGUCUUGUUUCCUUUCUCUGUAGAAUUCGCCUGCUGGCUUUCACGCCACAUUUUCUCCUCAGGUGUUAAGUGGGGUUGUCCCCCUAAACCCGGUCCAGUCCAUUCAGCCCACUCCUCUGUCUAAUCUCAGGGAGCUGUCUUUGCCUCCAGACUCGUGCGGUGAAAACGCUUUAGAAAGAGACUUCCACUGAUCCAGAGUCAGAUUAAAGCAGUGUAGCCAAGACCAAUCUAUUAAGUUGCUUUAGCCCGUUUACUACACAUGAUCAGUGGGCCCGGUUCUGCUUGUGGCCCUAAAGCUCACUCGCUGGUUGCACAUGUUCAGAGUUGAGAUUUAUUUUUUAUUUUUUUCACGGUGUUUGUUUUGAGGAUGUUGAUGUCUGCGAUGUUUCUCCUCCACUUUGGUCCAAACUGAAAAUCUGGAUUGUGUUUGGAUGGAUUGUGACGAUUCAGACGUUUUUGUUCACCUCGGGAUGAACUGUAAUAAGUUUAGUGAUCCUCUGACGUUUCAUGUAGCGCCAUCAUCAGGUUCAACAUUUUCAUUUGUCAGACACUUUAUUUUAUGAACAAAUACCUGCAACAACAUUCCCAUCAGCCUCAGCUGUUCUUUUUUGGUUAGUGGCAAUUAGCAAAGAUGAACAUUUUAAACAUUAUACCUGCUAAACAUCAGCACGUUAGCAUUGCCGUGGACUCUUCGUAAUGUCCAUGAUACAUUGAGCUGUGAGAAGACUCGGAAGAAGAACACGUUUAUAAAUAGAGAUGCAUGUGAUUUUGUAGUAAAUGGGUUAAAAUCUGUAGAAACGCACGGUUUGGUCGUAAAAGGAGGGUUAAAAAUGAACUGGUGUCUGAGCAUUUGGUUCAUGGCUGCGGUCGUGUCCCCUGGUUUAAGGGCGAGAUACAGGUUUAGAAACAGCUGACACAGGCCGCACACCUUGUAUUUUGUGUUAGCGUUAGAUUCCUCACCACCCGUGUUUUUAAAAGUCUGUAAAAUGAGCCCGAAAAAGGAAUUUAGCUCGAGCUUGUUGCCAAGAUUUUAUAAAAAGAGGUUUCCCUCUCUGUGCUGAACAGGAAAAGGCCUUUAUUAUUGUUGUUGCUGCUGACUCACAGAGCAUAAAAACCCUCACUGGGUGCAAUGAUAUCGUUUUGUUUGAUAUUGUACAUCCAUCCUCUUUGUGUUACGUGAUUACAGAUGUUUUCCUCAUAUGAUUUUUGGUUCUACGUGUCUCCUCUUUGUUUGUUUUUUUUGUAUGGGGCCCCUCAGUGUUUGUGAACCCCUUUGCAAUGAUUGUGUUCCUCCUGAAUUGAGUUUGGAUUUUCAAAGACAUGUUGGGAGAUUCAGGGAUGCCCUCUGAUAUUGCCUGUUUGUGGAAGUGUUUGUAUAAAAGAGCAGACUGUUGUGAUGAUGACGACGACUUAAGACGCAAAAAGAAAAAGAAGAAAAACACCUGUAAAACACUAUUCUGGGUUUUUUGGUUAAAAGCUGCUGAUUAAUCUGGUGUGUGUGUGUGUGUGUGUGUGAGAUUGUGUGUGUGUGUGUGUGUGUGUGUGUGUGAUUGUUCUUCAAACAUCAAGCUGAACAUUUUAUCUUUCUUUUUUUUUUAAAUUAUUGAUUGUACAGUUUCAAGGCGAGGGUAUGAAGAGAGACUUUUUCACAAUAAAAAUGUUGAAUGUUGGAGUCAA